UUUUCAGAGAGAGGAAAAGAAUCAUUGCCGCUUUUCCUUCUCUUUGAAUUAUUAAUGUUCUGAGGCAUGCCUUGCACCAAGAAGGUCAUGCCCUCAUUUUGAAGUCCUAGUCCUGCUUUGUAUCUUUCGUUAUCAACCUCUUAUGGUCUGCACCUUAUGAGGGUUCUUGAGGUUUUAGUAGUUCUUUAAACUCCCUUAUCAUUGAAAAAAAAAAAAAUAUAUCUCACUCAUUUUGGCAGAGUUUAGGUUGUAUGUGCAGUAAAUUAGUAUUGUCUUCACUUUUGUUUCGGUACUUUGCCUCUUCUAUGCUUUGCCAUAAUAAUCAUCAUGGUGGGUUUGCAUUGGGGCUUCAUUUUAGAUCACAAUUUGCCCUAGUGAUACUACCUGCAUUGUCUUCCCAGCUCACGAUUUUGUUUCUGAUUGAUUUCCUUAUUCGCGUACAUCUUUUUGUUAGUCUUUUGAUAGAUUCUCUACUUCAUACAGAAGAACUGAUCGUAGUCGAGAAAAUGGUCUGUCAGUGAUACAUUUUCUUGAAAUCGGAACCUUGUCGAGGGAAUCUGUUCCAUAAAGAUCAUCCAAAGUAAUAACAAAGAAGCUCGGGGGGGUCAUUAUGGUCACGCACGAAUCACCGCCGAAUCCGAUGCCGACCGCAUGGCGCCGAUUCAUUCCAUGCGAGAGCCGGUUUGAAGGCCCGGAUUUGAGUUCUUAUGGUUCUGGUUUAAGAAACAACACCACCUUCUUUGAGCCCAUUGGCGCAGUACCAGGCAUCCAGUAUCAAUAUCAUGGGGAAAGAAUGCCCAGAUCAAUAGACCUUGUUCACACUCCUGUAGCAGUGGCUGAAUCCCAUAUCACCCAUACCAGGCAUUUGAUGGAUCUUCUUGAAGCAGCGAAUGUGCCUAACGACCAAGCCCACAGCCUCACGCUCUCUCUCAAUUCUCCGUUGCUCGAACCUAAUACCGUCCAAUUCGGGCAUAGGCCCAUGAGCGGUGCAGAUUUCUACAGUCCAAGCUCUCUUGUCCCAGGGAAAUCAAGAGAAGCUUGCGAUGCAAGUAAUGACUCUGAGUUUGCUUCGUCCUCUGCUCCUUGGAGCAGGCAGUGCUUCGCUUCUUACUGGCCCGAUCUGGCUCCUUCCAAUGUUGGGAACUCUAGAUACAUGAAGCCAGCUCAGUCCCUCUUGGAAGAAGUCGUUGGCAUCUGUGGGAGUGAUGGGGAGAUAGCCAAUGAGAAGUACUUGAGGAAGCUAUAUGGAGGAGCAGGAAGAAAAUCAGCUCUAGAGGUGGUUUCUGAAUUGAAGGAAGAAUCUGGCAAUAAUGGUCUCUCUGCAGAGAACCAUGAACUUCAAGCUAAACUUGCUAAGCUUGCUUCUUUACUGGAAGAGGUUGAAGCGAGAUUCACGAAAUACUACUUCCACAUGGAGGAGGUGGUAAUGUCGUUCGAAUCGGUGGCGGGUUUGGGAGCGGCGAAAUCCUACACUGCACUGGCCCUCCAAGCAAUGACUAGGCAUUUCUGCAAUUUAAGGGAUGCAAUAGUAUCUCAGAUUAACACCACAAGGAGAAAACUAUUUGACGAUUCUUCGAGAAUUAGCUCUGGCCUGUCACGGCUAAGCCUGUUCGAUCGAGAAUGCAGGCAAAAGCAGAGGAUUUCUCUCCAACAGCUCGGACUGAUCCCUGGUCAGAGGCAAGCUUGGAGGCCCAUCAGAGGGUUGCCGGAGACUUCUCUGGCGAUCCUUCGCGCGUGGCUCUUCGAACACUUCCUCCAUCCUUAUCCAAAUGACUCUGAAAAGCUUAUGUUGGCAUCACAAACAGGCCUCGCCAAGAAUCAGGUUUCGAACUGGUUCAUUAAUGCCCGGGUUCGGUUGUGGAAGCCUAUGAUCGAGGAGAUGUACAAGGAGGAGUUUGCAGAUUCAUCGGAGGACUCGAAUCCUUUGAUCAGAGGUUCCAUAACCGACGAGGAUUCAACCAACCUCGAAGAAGAAUGAAUCGGUAAUGGUAAUAGGAAACCGAAUUUCACAAGCAGCGGGAUGAGUUGACAAAAUCUGCUAAUUUGUAAGCUAAGAAUGGUUAGGGAAUGACUUCAGGAUCUAAAUCAUGUGCGCCAUUUCUGGGGAGUAUCAGCCGUUUGAUCGGCAUUCUGGUCUCAAGUUGGCAGGACGCCUGCUUAAUUCAGCAAGAAAGUAGGCCUAACGACCUUUUCUUUUCGCAUAGAAGAAUGCC